CGGCAAGAAGUGUCAAAACUCAAACGAUAAACACAAAUAACUUUGAUUUUGAAUUUGAGUUUUUAUUCGAUAUUGUGAAAUUUUUGACCUGUGUUUUAUCAUAAUUGUUGGAAAAAUAUUGUUUCUGGAAAAUGCCUGGUCGAGGUAAUACAGCGAAGAACAAAAGUAAAUCUAAAACACGCAGUACUCGCGCUGGACUUACUUUUCCUGUUGGAAGGGUGCACAGGUUCCUUCGUAAAGGGAAAUAUGCGCCUCGCGUCGGAGGCGGUUCUGCUGUAUAUUUGACUGCUGUACUGGAGUACUUGUCUGCCGAAAUACUAGAACUUGCUGCGAAGGCUGCUACAGAUAAUGGUAGAUCCAGGAUAUUACCAAGGCAUAUAAUGUUGGCAGUGGGAAAUGAUGAUGAACUGGACAAAAUGCUCGGCAGUGUCACCAUACCUCAAGGUGGAGUCAUGCCUAAGAUUCAUGCACAACUUUUGCCGAAAAAAACUAAGAACAGUGGUAAGGAGCCCGCCAAAGGUAGUUCAAAUACUUUAAGUCAAGAAUACUGAAUAGAAUAUAUUUUCUUUUGUAUACAUAUUAAGUGCCAGUUAUUUUGAGAGAAAUGCCUUAUUCUAUAUUAAGGUCAAUCACAAUCUAUCGAGAUUCAUCACUAAGUUUUUGAAAAUAUCAAUAUGUAAUAAAGAGCAAAAAAAGAAGGAAAAGAAGAAACCAUGGCUAAAUUAAGCAUUUUUACUAAAAGUCUACCACAUGUGUUACAGAGACAGAGUUGAAAUAGAGCUCCCAAUGCUACAAAAGAGCAAUUUUUUAGGUUUUGUAGCAGUUUUCAAUUGUUCAACAUUAAAUAUUAUCUUUUUCUCAUAUCAAUAUAAUAAUUUAUGGUUGUGUUGUGUUGCAGAUCUUAGGCUUACUAUUCAAACCUGGUUCUAAUGUUUACAUAUUUAAAUUAGUUUACAGUUUAUAUUAAGAAGUAAGUUAUCAUCUGAAUAAUUCUUCUUAAAAAAAGGGGAUCUGCAUUUUUUGAAGUACUUUUCAGAUAACAUGGGUACUAUUAUAGUGAAGCGGCAAACUUUCAUGAGUGAAACAAAAUGUCACUGUACCCAUGCUGUCUGAAAAACACUAUAGUUGUUAUUUAUGAAAUUAUGAAGAUUUUAGUACAUAACUUGUAUGUGAUUUUUAAUAUAAAUUUUUAAGUAAAUAGUAGUACCAAUUUACUGCAAAAUUAGGUCAGUUAAGAUUAAGCAUUUGAUUAUAGAAUUACAAUACUUUUUUGUUUACUAUUGAUUUAUUUCUUUUUAAGUGUAUAUUAAACUGUAAUAUGUAUUGUGUUUAAAAUGGUUUUUCCAUUAAAAUAUUUUUUUAUGUACCUUAUUAUAAACUUUUGUAUUGCAUUCAUUACAAUGAUUAUUAUUAUUAUUAUAAUACUUGAGUUUUACAAUAAAAA